AAAGCCACAUUACCGAGUAAGAUAAAUAAACCCCGACUGGACUUGUUGGGGGAUUUCUUGUCAAGGGACAUUCCCACACGCGCGCGGCAUGUUCGCUGAGAAAUUCGACUCAGAAGGAGGGGAGAGCUAGUGCAAGCAAGUAUAAAGCUAUGGCGUCGACUCUACAGGGCUUCAACUGUGAAAUCUGUGGCCAGGAGUGCUUGACGGAAGGCAACCUGCGAACCCACAUGCUCCUAGACCAUGAGGAGAAUGCGGGCAGCUGCCCGAUGUGUGACCUUCGACAUUUGACUUUGGAAGAGUUACACCUUCAUGUGAACACUGCGCAUUCCACAGUGUUGAGCCCAGGCAGACUUGGACAGGAAGAUUCAGCAUCAUCUUUGGUACAGAAGGCAUCCAGUCUGGUGGAUCAUUGUCCAAAUUCAAAUGGAUCAUCAGAAUCGGUUGAUUACGAAUUAAAGAUGAGAAAAUUUGAUCCCAAUGAGAGCAUGGAAGGAUGCCAGAACUCGGAGGAAGAACGUUGUGAGUCCUCCUUCACAAUCGCUGGAGCCAGCCAAGCAGUGGAUAGAAGGAAGCUUCCAGCUGAUUCUGAGGUGACAAAGACUACAUCGGACCCUUCUACAAGAAGAGACGGUGAAAAGGUGAAGUCCAGACCUUGCGCCUGUAGUUUUGGCCUCAGUGAAAACAUGGAAACUGACGGUAAGGGCAGCUCAGAAUCCUCAUGUUCAAACGAGCAGUGUCUCUUGAAUGGCUACGCAAACUCAAACUGCUGCGACACCGUAGGGAAACCAAGCAGAAUGGAAGACAGUUGCGCAGAUUCUGAAAGUGAGCCACCCAAUCAGGGAAAGAUUCUUGAGCGAAAACGAUCAAGAAGCAAGGCCCAGUUGAGCUCCUCAAGUGCCAGCAGCAGUGCAGCUGACGUCAGCUCUACCGCUGGAGAUUCCACCGACAGGUCAUCUUUGUCCUCACAGACAUCAACUGCAAGCCCAUUUAAGAAAUUACUUCGGAUAUUCAGUCCCAGUAAGUCCACGCGGAAGAAGGUAGUUAAAGACACAGGUGCCUCUGGAGUUUCUUCUAUGAAAGAAACAGAUGAUCAAAAUUUGGAUCAGGAUAAUGACAUAUCAGAUCCAGAGUGUCCUUUCUGUGAUAUCUCAGGUCUUGACCCAGAUGCAAUGAUGAGGCACAUUGAAAGUAAACACAGCAAUUUUUUGGCAAGUCCCUGCGUGGAGAAGCAGCCGGCUCAGAAUGGGAACCAGUGGAACACCUCCAUGAUCCAGAAGCCCAAGAUUCCGAAGCCGACACUCUUGAGUCUUAGCAAGCAGGCGCAAAACCUGGAUACGGUGAUCACGUGCCCGAUAUGCGGGCUUGGAAGCUUCGACCCGGACUUCUUGACUGUGCACGUCAACACAGAACAUGCAAUAUCUGACGACAGCAGGGACCAACUAGCAACAGCGCCCUCACCCUUUGACGAUGAGGCCGGCCCCAGCACAAGCGCAAGCUCAAAUCCCCAGCAAUCGGUAUGUCCAGUGUGUGGGAUGGGCGGACUGAACCCGACAUCUCUCAAUGACCAUGUGGAAGGUCACUUUGAGGUCAAAGGUCAGGAGUCAGUCUCCAGUGACCGACAACUUGCCAAAAAACUGGCCGAAGAAGAACGACAGUUACAGGAACGACAGCAAAGGGAAACUUUCAAACAGCUGCAGGCAAAGUAUGGCAUGGAUGAGGUCGGGAGCCACAAGCAACAGUCUGAGCAAGACCUGGAGAAAGCAGUUACCCGAGGCCAGAUCACCGUCAGCGAUUACAACCAGCGAAAGACAAGCCUCAAACGAUCGUUGGCUGUAGGAGUUGACGAUGGAAAGUCACGUACCUCUGGUUUGAUUCAGAAGAUGGUGACCUACUACACUGAUCAGACAACUCCAGGCUUGAGCUACGUCAGAUUAUGCAGUGACACUGACCACUACUCCUCCACAUACGGAGACAAGGGAUGGGGCUGUGGCUACCGGAACCUGCAUAUGCUGCUGUCUUCACUGGUGCGCAUCGACGAGUACCGACAGGUUCUCUUCAGUGGUCAGAACGCUAUUCCCUCCAUCUCCAAGCUCCAGCAACUGAUCGAGGCGGCCUGGGCUAAAGGCUUCGACCCCCAGGGACGGGAACAGCUCGGUGGCCGGGUAGCCAACACUCGCAAGUGGAUCGGCGCCACAGAAAUCACGGCUGUUCUUUCCUCCCUCCGGGCCAAGUGUCGACUGGUUGACUUUCACACCCCUACUGGGAGAGGCGGUACCCACCCACUCAUGUUUGAGUGGGUGCGGGACUAUUUUGGAAAGCCCGGAGCAGCUGCUCUGAAGCUGCGAGUUCUCGGGAACAAUGCUACUAGAAGGGAAAGCAUCCAGACAAGAAAGACACCACUGUACCUUCAACACGAAGGACACAGCAGGACCAUCAUUGGCUGCGAGGUUCACAAGGACAGCUCCAUCAGGCUCCUGCUCUUUGACCCCAGCUACAAGGUCAUUGAUGGGCAGGGUCUGGGGUCAGCUAAGCUGGAUGCCUACGCCAUGCGACCAAUCAGGAAGAGCCUUACUCAGAUGAAGGCCAAGCAGUACCAGAUAGUGAGCGUUGAUAGGCUGAUGACAUCUGAUCAGGAAUACGAGCAAAGUAAAGUUCUCCGGUCUGAAAGAAAGCCGUGAUCAAGUUCAAUCACAAAUCCAAGGUCUGUAAAGUCUACGUUUGAUCUAUCCAAAUUACUUUUUACUUUCCAUAUAUAGAGACAGAAAUAUACUAUGCAUGGUCAUUAUUGUUUCACCUAAUUGUUUACUCUUCACCUCUUAUUUGCACUUUGUAAGAUUAUUUUGUUCCGCUCCGAUUACAUGUAACAUGAUGUACAUGAACGUUCAUUUUUAACUUUUAUACUUUUUGUAAUGCAUUGAUCCACUGCCGUACAAAAGUCUUCCUUCUAUUUUUGUCCGUAUGAUAAGUGCAGCUACAAUAAUGGCCAAGUUCGGGCAAGAACCAUUAGUCGACUAGUGGUUGAUUUGUGACGUACCUUACGCCUGCGCACUAAUAG